UUGUUGUUGUUUGAGUUUCUUCUAAAUUUACGUGCUGGAUAGAACAAUAAUUGUGAAAUGGAGAACGCGGAGAUUUUGUUUGAGUAUUUCUCAGAAUCCAGUGAUGAGGAAGAAGAAUUUGCCGUGAAGCUACUACUACAUGCGCAGGGAACCGUAUUCUUGAAUGCUGAAAAAAGGCGGGGUGGUUCCCAGCCUGGGAAACGGCCAAACAUUAACAGACAUGCAGAGGAAGGAGCAGCCCGAUUACAUGAUGAUUAUUUUUCUGAGACGUCAACUUAUACGAAUGAACAGUUUCGACGGCGCUUUCGGAUGCAUCGGAAUUUGUUUCUGAAAAUCACAACAGCGAUGGAAACAAACGAAUAUUUCCUUCAAAAACCUGAUGCCACAGACGUUUACUGCGGCAAAACUCCACCAGUUGAGUUCAGUGUCAAUGGUCGCACCUACAACACCGGAUAUUAUUUAGCUGACGGAAUAUAUCCUCCUCUCUCCACACUGGUACAAACUAUAUCGUCACCCGCUGGACAAAAACGAAAGUACUUCGCAGAAAAGCAAGAAUCGGCCAGGAAGGAUGUUGAACGUGCCUUUGGAGUGUUGAUGGCUCGGUUUGCCAUUAUAAAAAAUCCGGCCACUUACACCAGGUUGUGGAAUAAAGAGGAUUUAAAAUCCAUUAUUCGCACCUGUAUAAUUCUACACAACAUGAUCAUUGAAAAUGAACGUGAUGAUCCUACGCCAUUCGAUGGAGAGGAAAAUAUUGUCGGGCCGCCACUAAACCGGACCACGCUAGCGCGACUUGCGACCCGACGUUCAGUCGCGACAAUGUGGUGGAUUUGCAAAUAA